CACUCUGCUGCCUUGACAGCUGAUUAGUUGUCUGUUGUCGUGGAGAUGUCCGAGACCGUAGGUGGGGGCGAGAUGUGGGAUUAACACACACACACACACACACACACACACGCACGCACGCACGCACACACAAACUACGUGUGCAUAAUGGCCUUUCCAUAGUACUAGAUAAAAUCCUCCUGCCAACUUAAUUCCACGCUGGGAUCAUUUCACGUCGGGUCGAGAAUGGCGCUGAUCUCUCCUCUGUGAGUCAAGUCCUCAUUGACGCGGCCAGCCUGGAUGAUGGAGAUUCAUGCGGACGUGCCCUGUGGGCGCCUGGUCACGCUGCUACUCCCACUCUGCUUUUUGAGUCUACACGGGUCAGCCAUCGACACAGUGAAUGUGGUGGAUUUCUGCGGUCAGACCAUCCGGGGUGAUGGCAUGAUCAUCAACUCCCAUCAAGAAUCUAAAAAGUACUACUUUGUAACAAUCGGGACCGACUGCCACCUCACCAUGCAGGCCAGCUCCCCAAAGGACAAGGUCCAGUUCCACUUUCGCUUCUUCCUUGUCUACAGUUUGUUGCGAGUUGCCCCUCUGAGCCCAGCCCCUGUGUUACCCGAGUCCCCACGCGGCUCUGCUCCCCUAAACCCCAAACUGGAGCCCACCUCUGGGGAAAGCUCAGGGGAUCCCUGUCACGCAGGCUCAUUCGUUCAGUUUUAUGAUGGAUGGGACAGAAAUUCUCCUCCUCUUGGGCCCCCUCUUUGUGGCAAGAGUCCACCACGGCCAGUGCUGUCGACAGGAAACUACCUGACCUUGCGACUUGUCACCCGUGGGACUCAGCCCAGAGUAGACUUCGUGGGGGACUUCACAUCGUUCAGACUUGGAUUCAACCAGUCAUUGUGCAGCAGUGAGCCUUACUUCACUUGCAGGAAUGGAAAGUGUAUCCCACUCAGUCUGGUGUGCGAUGAUAAGGGCAUUGACAAUUGCGGGGAUGGAAGUGACCUGGAAGAAAAUCUAACCACAGGAUGCAAAGCAGGUCAGCUUCUACCGCCCGAGCCACCAACAGCAAUACCAACCCCACCUCCAUCUUUUGUAAAUCCCCCCACAGUGCCAAUUCCCGUACACUUCAACUGUGGAAUUGCACACAGCACUCCUAUUUAUGAGUCUGUGUCAGAGUCUGCAGCCUCCGCGUCCUUGUUGGUUCUCUACAUCAUCCUGGGUUUGGUGGUGGGAUGUGCGGUGCUCUGCUGGUGCUGUUGGUCCCCCGGCUGGUUGCUGUGGCGCUUAAGUAUUUUCCGCUUUUUGCCAUUCUGCAACUCGGCCUGUUCUUCUUGCCAACUCUGCGCCAACAGCUGCACUCACAGCAAGGAUCACCGUCUGGCAAAAGUCACCCCGCAGUCACCGCUGAACGGGACACCAGCUGGCAUGGUAGUCACCAAUGCAGAUGAAACGCUUUCCGCUGGCGCACUUUAGAUACAAGUACUGUCUGCUUGAUCAUGUUUGGCAAAAAGACUUGGGUCUAGGGGAGCAAUCAGCAGUGAUUACUAAACAUGGACACUGACUGUAUGGACCACAUCAACCUUUUGGCGGGGGAAACGGGUUAGAAAAUAGCUGAAAACUACAGGAUAACUGUUUUUGUGUUUAAUACUGAUGUGUUUAUGAAAAAGCAGGGUGGAGACUUGUUUUGGCUUGUAUUCAACCUCUGAAUCCUCACAGCAUCUUUCACUUGUCAUGGGCGUUCUUGAGACUGUGACUACAAUUUGCGCUGCAACACCUUCCAGCGCAUCUUAUCGGGUGGAUUUUGAAGCAUUUAUUUGUGUUUAUGGUAUAGUUAUAGUGUAUGUGUUUUCAACAUCUUUUCCAGCUUUGACCCAAUGUCUGACAUGGACACAAUAACAUGGACACAAAAUAAAAGACACCCUCCUGCUUUGCACAGCUGUUCUCCUAAACUUCCAAUCUCAGCAGUGCGCUGUUUUUCCACAGCAGGAAGUUUGGACUUAGGGAGCACAACACGUGUCUCGAUCUUGUGUCCACCACCCUGAACGGGCUCACGGGAGAUCUGGUGUCUACACUAGCUGACCUCAUGCGAGAGGGGGCAUAAUCUCGAUGAAUUGCCAGUCGAACAUGGAACAUAUCUCAACCACAUUCACCCUAUUUACAACAUUUAGAGUAUGCAAAGUGGAUGGAUAUGGAAGUACGCAGAGAACAUACAUAACUCCACACAUUGUACAUUUUGUAUCGUUCGCUGCAAUUACUAUUCUUUUCCAUCAUCUAAUUUUAGUGCUGUUGGUUGUGUUGCUUUUGCAGUGUGCAUGUUUUAAUGAAAUCGUAUUUAUCCAAAUAGUAUGUGUGUAACGUGUGAAAUUAUUCUCCAGGGAAACAGUAAAGGGGCAUGUUACAU